CACCUGUCCCUACCUGUGCUCUUAGUUCCUUUCACUUGCAGGCUGACUUCCAGAGGCCUCCAAUCCCCUUCCCGGUGGAGCAGAAGGGGCGGGGCUUCUCUCUGGGUAGGACUCACCUGCACCUGCUUCCUUGUCGUCCCAGCGCUGGCCGCCCUGCACGCUCCCCAUCCCUGAAGAAAGUGGCUCGGGCGGGUCACUCCGAAGGGCGAGGGAAAGGGAAGCGAAGAAAGGGAAAGCCCGUCUCUUUCUCUCCCGCUGUGUGGAAAGAGCCAGGAAAAGCAGCGCGCCUCCUGAAAGCGUCCAAGGAGGAAAAAAGUUGGCGCGUUGUUUUCGGAGCGGGCGGGCGCCUUAAGGAAAAUUGCAGCCUGUUGCGGAGGCAGCGCGCAGUUGCUCCCAGGGAGUCCAGGUAACCGAGGCGCUCCCGACAUGGACUGAAGACUCUCUUUCGGGGACAACCCCCCCCUCCUCUCCCAAAUUUGGAGCCUGGGAAACGAAAAGAGAAGAAGAACAGAGAAGAACAGGACUCCAGCCUUGGAUUUUGGGCCCCGCACUUGAGCAGAGCCGAAGGGGGAGCUUGCGAGCGGCUUUUUCCUGUGGAAGAUGGCUGAAGGAGCCCACACCACCACUUCACCACCCGGAGCCAGAGGAGGAGGAGGAGGAGGCGGCGGCUCCUCGGGCACCUGGUGGAAAUCGCUGACCAGCCGGAAAAAGGCCAAGGAGGCACUCUCGGCGGCUGCGCCUGGCUCCUCUUGGCCCCCUCCCUCUGAGGCCUCAGAGCCACCACCUUGCCCGCCCAGCCCCUCAGAGACCCGGGAGAGUCCACAACAGCCUGGCGUGGGCAGCGGGAGCCGGAGGAACCUCAAGAUCUCCCGUUCGGGGCGCUUCAAGGAGAAGCGGAAAGUGCGUGCCGCCCUGCUGGUCGAGAGUCCACAGAAGCUCUUUGAGGGUGAAGGAAACAGCGCUGCCGCUAACAACAGUGGAGAGCCACCCUGCCAGUGAGCAGCAUUAAGACUGCCUUGAGCAGCAGUGACAUCGGCCUAGAAGGAAGAGAGAGGAACUUAGUCUCAAAGAGAAGCACCUUGCUGUCCUCUUGCUUCCCUUUCAAGUCUGGAGGACACAGACAGCCUUAGUCCAAAACUAAGAUUUAGUCUCUCUUUCUCCUCUCAUGAACCAUACAAUGCAGAAACAUGUCCUGAGAGGCACAAGGAAGCCAAGGAGUCCAUUCUAGAUUCUCCACCUCCCACUUUCCCAUGAAAUUAACGAGUUCAGAGGACUCAGGUCCGAAUUUGUCACAGUGAAUUAUUUCCCAACACUUUUUGUUCCUCACCCUAUCACCUUUCACUCCUAUUAUCCAAGGAGAGGGUCUCAUCAUAGCCCUUCUCUCUCUUGAACAUGUACUGAGAGGUGCGAGGAAGAUGAUGACUGUUGAUUCUAGUUCUUCCCCAUCCCACUUUCUGUGAAAUUAAAUGGUUCCGCGGGAACACA